UGGUGUUAUGUGAUGUGAAGUGAUGUAUACAUUUGUUUGGGAACAGAAUUAAUCCUUCGAUCUCUCUAGGAACAAGUGUCUCGCGGUAAUGAUUUUUUAAUAAUAUGAACGCUGUGGAAGGCAGAGGAAAUGUUGAACCAGCCCCACGAGUUCGUCGUGUUAAAAGGUAUUCGACGGAGAUACCUGAAGGUUGGUGGAAGCUAAUGCGUCGACGAAAGUCAGGAUUAUCAAAAAAUAGGUUCGACAGUUACCUGAUAGCACCUGAUGGAAAACGGCUUAGAUCGAGCGUAGAGCUGUGGAAAUAUUUAAAAGACAAUAACUUAACUUGGCCGCAAACUUGUUGUGACACAAAGUCCAUCUUUAGCCAGAAAUCGCAUCACAAUUUGUGUACAGAGGAUGCUGAUGAGAUUUUGUUGGAAAAUAACCCGAAAGCACCAAAAAUACAUGCACCAGAAUCAACAGCAAAUGAACUGUUUCGUGAUACGAUAGUAAAAUCAGAAAUAGUACCCGAACAAAGUAGGUCACUGAUAGACCACAGUUACUAUUUCAAGCAAGAGGAUGAGAAAGACAUAUUUGCAGAAGACAUGUGUAUAGAAAGCCCAACAUUUGAAAACGGGAUACGGCAAGACACAAUCGCAGAAUAUUUGGCAAUGAAAUUUUCAAUCAAGACUGAAGACUGUGAAGUUCCAGAGUGUUGGACUUCAGUGAACGAUUCCCAUGCAGAAGUGCUAUCAGCAGCGCAUCAUAAUACAGUGGAACACCAAAGUUCAGUGUCAGGAUUGUGUAAUACUGUGAAACAUUCAGAGAAAUCAAAUUUAACAUCGCAACUGAGUAAUAUAUGUUUAAAUUCCAUACCAUUGUCUAAUGUAAAGGAAGGAGCAUUGCGUCAAUAUGAGGUAAGACCUAGAAAAUGGAUACCUCCAAAGUCCCCCUUUAAUCUCAUUCAAGAAACACUCUUUCAUGAUCCAUGGCAACUUUUGCUAGCCACAAUUUUUCUCACAAAGACAGAGGCACAAAGAGCUACGGAAAGUUUUUACAGAUUCAUUGAACGCUGGCCAACAGCUGAUGACAUCAUUGAUGCAGAUAUUACUGAGCUGUCACAGUUUAUAACUCCUCUAGGCUUUCAUCGUUUACGAGCAUAUUCGAUUAAGAAAUUUUCAUAUGAGUUUAGACAUAAAUCUUGGGAAGACCCAAUUCAGCUCUUUGGUAUUGGCAGAUAUGGAAGUGACUCGUAUAAAAUUUUUGUAACAGGUGAGUGGCAAAAUUGUCAUCCACAGGACCAUAUGCUGCAGAAAUAUGUCCACUGGCUGGCAGCAAAUUAUCCACUUGAAACCAACAAAUAAUCUGCAUCCAACAUUAAUUUUUUCAUUGAUAUCCAAAAGAUUGUUGGUGUCAUGUUCAGUGAAAAUAUGUGUCUCUGUUAGCUCGAAGCAAAGAAGUCAACUGAAGAAAUGUAA